AUGGCUGAAACAAAAAGGUAUGCCCUCGGCGACUUCGCCCUUCAAAGCGGGGAAACACUGCCGGAGGCAUGGAUCGCAUACAAGACAUUCGGCGACUCUUCUCUUCCAGCCGUCCUGUACCCAUCGUGGUUCUCAGGCGCCAUCUCCGAUAAUGAGUGGCUUGUGGGUGACCAAAUGACUCUUGACCCCAAGGCAUACUUCAUCAUCAUCCCGGCCUUGUUUGGCAAUGGCGAGUCGAUUAGUCCCUCGAAUUCGGGCAUCAAGACAUUUCCAAACAUCACUUUCUACGACAACGUAAAGGCACAGCACCAGUUGCUCGUCCAGGGACUAGGAAUCACGCAUCUGCGCGCCGUUCUCGGUUGGUCCAUGGGGGCAGCCCAAACAUUUCAGUGGGCAACGCAGUUUCCAGACUUUAUGGAUAUAGCUGUACCGUUCUGUGGCUCUGCCAGGACUUCUCUGCACAAUCAGGUCUUCCUCGAAGGCGUCAAGUCUGCGUUGCUGGCAGCAAAGGGCGAGUCCUCUGCUGGCAGUGCCCAGGGCCGCGUUGCUGACUCGGCAACCAGCCAGGAUAGGAUAUGGUCGGAGAAGGCAAGGACAGUGGGCUUAAGGGCUUUCGGACGCGGUUACGCUGGAUGGGGGUUUUCGCAAGCUUUUUACCGCGAGGAAUAUCACAAAAGAUUCUACGGCGCCCGAGAUUUGGAGGAUUUUAUGGUUACAUUCUGGGAAUCUUGGGCAUUAAGCAAAGACCCCGAGAACUUGCUCGUCAUGAUCCACACCUGGCAGUCCGGAGACGUGAGCAAACAAGAGCCGUAUAAUGGUGAUUUCGAGAAGGCGAUGGCUGCCAUCAAGGCCAAAACCUUGAUAUUGCCGUCAAAGACUGAUUUGUACUUCCCACCGGAGGACUCUGAAUAUGAACUAGCAUGCAUGAGCGAGGGAGUGGGCGCCUUGGAUGUUUAUCCCUCUAUCUGGGGACACUGGGCCGGGGGGCCACCUGGUAGUGUGGAGGAUAUGCAUUGGUUGGACGAACGUCUGAAGAAAAUCUUCUUGGAAGCACCUGUUAGGCUCGUUUAG